AGCAACGCUAGCGUAAAUUUCGUUAGUUAUGCGCCGUUAAUUGUUUUGACGAUUUUCGUCUAUAUUGUCCACUUUGUAGCUAUCCAUCCAUCUAACUGCCCAGUACGCCAUGGUUCGCGAGAGAGUGGUGCCGAAAAAGUCAUUCCAGCAGAGUCUGGAUGACAUCAAAGAGAAGAUGAAGGAAAAAAGAAAUAAGCGAUUGGCAAUCGCAGGUUCCGUCAGCCACGGGCUGUCCAAACUGAAAAACAAAAACACAGCAACGGUGAAGCCAUUUGUGCUGAAGAGCGUGCAGGUCAACAACAAAGCCCUAGCCCUGGCUCUGCAGGCCGAGAGAGAGAAGGUACGGCAAGCACAGGGGGUCAUCCUGCAGAUGAAGAGGGAGAGACAGGCCCUUCUUUUCCACCUGCUGAUGCUGAAAAGGGCAUUGAGGGAGGCCGGUGCGGUGAGAAUCACACAGAUGUCUUCUCCAGAAGAGCCAAAGCUGACCCUGCCUGCAUCCACCAGUCCUGGGCCAGCACCACAACUGGAAGCUAUCACUCAAGAGCAGGAGCUCUGCUCAGUUGUGCAGACCUGCUCUCCAGAUGCUGGCACAGAUCCUUGUGGACUUCGUAAUGGAACAGCUUCUUUGCCAUCCUCAGUGGUAAUGCGCCGUAGACAGGAUGGAAGGAGACGGUCUGAGCGCAUGCGGAGGCGGAGCUCGCUGUUUGAACCUGCCUCUGUGAGAGUGUCCGUUACAGAAGAGGCAGAGCCCCCUACCUCAGACUUGACAGAGAGAUUUUGGGACCCGGCUGCUGAACUCUGCCGCCAGACAGGCACUGCUGAACCUGAGCUUACUGUGGAAAACACCUUGGUUGUAGGGCAUGAGUCUGUUCAGACUGAUUUGGUCCAACCUUGUUCCAGGGUUGGGUUAGACCCUGGGCCUCCUGAACUCGCAGCUUCCCAGCACUCCACUCCUGAGGCACCGAAGCGCGAUGCCUCCAGGCAGGCAAAGAGGAAACCCUGCCAGCCUGCCACACGUCCCAAGCCUGAGCGUGGCCGUAAGCCCGACCGCGCCCCUCUGAGGAAGCCAUGGGAGAGCAGCAAGCAACGUGCACGCUCCAAGAGCCGCGAGAACUCACGCAGCCGGGCCCGGGGGCAGCCUCCCCCACCUGGUGACCGCCUCACCUCCUCGCUCGGCAGCAGUGACAUGUUCGACUUCGACUGUGAAGAGGCUGUCCAUGUCACGCCUUUCAGAGCAGGGAGCAAGGUGUCAGAAAGCCAACCAGAGGAAGCCCUGUCCUGUCCUGUUGUCCCACCCAGUUUUGGUUCCAGUCCUUGUCCGACUGCGCAGGUGGAGUCGAGUUCCUCAGAAGCAGAAGAGGAAGCGGAUGGCAGCCUGUAUGUACCAGACGACAAAAAGCUCAGACGUACUCGUAGCCCUCCGCUGCGGCGAGCUCGAUCCAAGAGGAGGUCCGUGCAGAAGAGAGCGAAAGAAAACGCCCCUGUGAAGCAGCUCCCCGCUCCUUCAGAGAACACAGAGGACAGAAAAAUGUGCGCUGAAACUUCAGUAUCACUUUUCCCACAAGUGCCCACAGAACUACAUCUCCCACAAUCCCCGUAUAUGGACUUGCAGUUUGCAGACUCUCCAGUAUGUCUGCAUCCUGAGAACUCCAGCCAGUCAGGCCCAGGCCAAGAGAGAUGUAAAGGAGUGACCAGAGAAUCUCCACUGUCUGUCCCCCUUGCUGGGCAGGCAGGGCUCAUGGUGAUUGACAGCCCUUUGUUUGACCUCACAAACUGUCGGAGCCAGGCAGCUGAACAGCAGUUUGAUAUACCAGCGCCAAUGGCCAAGUCUAGAAGGAAAAAAGGUGGUCUGGUAGUACAUUCCUGUUUGGGCUUGGCUUUGAGUGAUGUGACAAAUCUUUCCCCUGCAGCCUAUCGCCAACCUCUGCCCGGUCACGACUCCACCCCUGGUGCCACUCGUAAUAGACGUUGCACUAGUGCAGUGAACUACAAGGAGCCUUCACUCAGCUCGAAACUUCGUCGUGGUGAUAAAUUCACAGACACGCAGUUCCUGCGUUCACCUAUCUUCAAGCAAAAGUCUCAGCGCUCAGUUAAAACUAUGGAGAAAUACAAUGAGUCCUUUGUAGGCUGCCGCUAAACAUUUUGCUUUCUCUGGCUGAAUCUCAAAUGGGAUAACCACAGCUUUGUAUAUGGCUUUAUUGCUAGAUUUAAACUAAAUGACGUUUGUAAUGUAAAUGGCAGAUUGUUUCAUAUUACUUGCUACUUUUUAAUAGCAA